AGCGGCAAUCAACUCGUUUGGCAGUCACUGUGUCACUUCAGUUGCCGGCAAAGCGGCAUCCAAAUUGGUGUUAGCUCCUGAGAUGUCAACUGCGAAGAGCCAGGAGGAGGUCAGGAGGGCCGAUGGCGGAUCGGGGGCCAUGUCCAGGACGUACCAGUACAGGAAGGUGAUGAAGCCGCUGUUGGAGAGGAAGCGCCGGGCGAGGAUCAAUCGGUGUCUGGAGGAGCUGAAGCUGCUGAUCAAGGAGACGGCCUAUAUGGACUCUGAGGCCCUGGCGAAGCUGGAAAAGGCCGAUAUCCUGGAGCUGACCGUCCACCACUUGCAGGAUCGGCGGCGUCAUCAGGUCCACCCCACCACCACCACCACCACCCCCGCCCAGUUCCAGCGCCUGGCCAUGGAGCGGUACUGGAACGGUUUCCGGCAGUGCGCCCUGGAGGUCUCCCGAUUCCUGCAGCGCCACGACCGGCAGCUGAACGAGAAGUUCCUGGAGGCCAUGGAGCAGUACCUCCCCACCACCCAGCCCCUGCCCCUGCCCCUGCCCAUCUGGCGUCCCUGGAAGUCCUGAGGAUUCAAGCCUGACCUCUCCAAGUUCCUUAUUUCUUUUAAUUUUUAGCUAAAAAAAAAAUUUAAUUAUUAAAUAAAAUUAUUUUAACAUUUUUUCUUUAGUUUUUUUUUUAUUUUUUAAUCGCAAUAAUUCCAAAAACUUGUUGGCUAUGAUUUUGUUUGUUUUUUUCAGUGUAAGUGUGUAGUAAGUGUUUUUUCUGUCAGUGUAUGUGUUCUGAAUUGAUUUAAUUUUUUAAUAAACACUUGCUAAAUUAAAUAUUGCUUAUUUUGAAUAUAAUGCACACAAAGUAUUCAUUUUUUUUUUUUAAGAAGUAUCAUUAACGCUUACAAGAUACCCAAAAAAAAAAUAUAUAUUUAUUAUAAUAUUUUAUUUGAUGUAUGUAUAUAUAUAUUUUUUUAAGUGUAUAUAUAUAAAUAUCAAUAGAGUUGUUGACAAAAAACGUGUUUGCUUUCCAAAGAUUAUCGAAAUACAGAUGAUGCCUUGUUUGUGUUUCUUAAAAAUUACUUUUUUUUUUAUUUUUUAUUUAUGUUUUUGUUUUUUAGAUCCUCAAACAUAUCCGGUCUUAUGUACAAUAUCUUUUCACAAUAUUAUCGGAUCGGAGUUCGAGUGUAAGAAGCGCGAAAAAUUGAUUGUUGGCUGCAUUUUAGUAUUUUUUUCAUUUUUAGUAUUAUUUUUUUCGACCUCUUGAUUUGUAUCUGUUGCAUAUAUGUAUAGGUAUAUCAUAUCAUUUUUAUUUGAUUUUUAUAUUUAUUUUUUUCGGGGCAUGCUAACAUGUGCUGUGGUGUGUUUUUUAGGCAAAAAAUCUCUUAAAACUCUACAAGAGUGCUUGGAAAUAAUAAUAAAUCGAGUAGUGAUCAGAUAACUGUUUAUAUAGAGUGGGGGGGAAUUAUUGGGAAUGGGUUCUGGUAUUUUUCUAGCAAUUCCAAAAUAUGAAACCUCAGCGGGAAAGCAAGAACUAUAUGCUAUUGUUUAUGGAUCAGAGGCAGAAACUUAAAAUCUAAAAUCUAAAAAUAAAUAUUUAAGGCAACAUGAUUCAAGGAUAAAGAAGGGCAAACAAAGAGGAAGAGAUUAAGGAUAUAUAGUCCUUGACUUUUACAUUUUAUAUAUAUUAUUUUUUCAUUUAUUUUAUAAUCUAAAGCUGAACCACAUAUAAAAUAUAGAAAUUAUUUUAGCAUGGUGAUUUAACCAAAAAAAUUAAUUCAAGUUUUUAAUGUCAAAAUAGAGAGAGAGAGAGAGAGAGAGAUAGAGAGUGAGUGAGAGAUAGAGAUGGAGCGAUAGUAGAUGAUAUCGAUGAUUUAGGCGAUAGUUUCGAUUUCAAUCUUAAUAUUUUUGUUUUUUUUUUUUUUGAUAAGGCAUUAGUAUUAAAUAUACGAUAUAGUUUCAAGCUCUGGUUUUUGUUUUUAUUUUAUUUUUUUUUAAAUUUAAAUAAAAUAGAAAUAUAAAAAAUUGAUAUAGAUCGAGUGCAUUCCUUAAUAUGUUUCUUAAGUAUUUUUUUUUAAUAAUUUUUUGUAAUGACUUUAAAUUGGAAUGAAAAUUGAAAAUCCGCAAAAUCAGGUUGAUUGUCAAGCUUGAUGAGAAAUGAUUCGAUUAAUUAAUUAAUUGAUUGAUUUUGCAACUGAUUACUCAUGCCACAUGCUGGAAGCUUUUUAUUUCAACUUUAUUCUAAUUUCUUUCUUAUUUUUUUGAUUACUUUAAUAAGCUAGAGAAUAAAUAGUGUGUGUUUGAUAGUUUUUAAUUUGAAUUUUAGUUUCGAUUAUCAACCAGCCACAAAAAUAAACUGUUCUUGAAAGCGUUUUUCAAAGCCAAUAGCGUAGUAUUUUUUUUUUUUCGCAUAAAUAUCGGUAUAUAUAUCGG